AAUGCCGAAUGGUGGCGCACUAUGCAAUGCACAUGGAAAACCUUGAGAUCUUGCAUCAGAACAUUCGGAAGUGUUAGGUAUUUUCUGUAACUGGGUCAGCAAGUUCGUCAGAAGGGCAAGGCAUUGUCCAGACCCAUCUAUGAUCUGAUUUGAGCUUUUCGUCCUACAAACAGUAUGGCAGCCUGCGUAGUCACAACGUUGAGAAGAUUUCCUCUUGCCAUACAUCACCAUGGCAACCUCAGAAACGUACAGCUAGUACAAAACGCACCACAUAAAAACGCCUCAACCCUGCUCCUCCAAAGAACAAGAAGUAGUGUACAAAUCUCCAGACCUGUCAAGACUGGAGUUUGCACAUGUACGUGCUCACAGCUCCAGAAAAACCAUGGCUCACUGAAAUCAAAGGAGCCCUUUUUAAUAUCUUCAAACCUGGCCUACACAACUUCUUCGAUUUUUACUGGAAUGCAGGAUCAAGUAUUCAAGUCGAGAUCAGAUACAAUUUUUGGCAGUCAAAGUCUUUACAAUGGAUUUGUGGUUGCUCCUCUCAUGCAUGCGCCAAAUAGCACAAGAAGCAUUUGUUCAAGCGUGCCUCUGACAAACAUUCACCGCAACAGGACUCCAGGUGGCGCUUCUAGUAACCAGCUGACUGGUCCCCACCUAUUGCGUGGUACCCCAUCUCGCAGCCUGUUUGGAUUGCCUGAUAGGUCAGCUUGGGCCAGUGCCAUUGCUGAGGCAGAGAAGAUAGUCGGGUACCCGACCUCCUUCAUUGGUCUGCGUUGCCUGUUGAGCGACGAGCUGUCCAAUGUGGCGAUGCAAGUACGCAAGCUUGUUGGCACCAAACACCCACUGGUGAAAACGGCAAAGAAUUUGGUCUACGAUGGCAAGCAUAACAUCCAGACGAGAGGCUUGAUCAUUCUACUGAUCUCCAAGGCCGCGGGGCCCUCCCCAAAGGGCACAGACAACCAGAGCAUGGUCAGAGGCAUAUACCCAAGUCAGAGAACCCUUGCUGAAAUUGCCGAGAUGAUCCACACAGCCUUCUUGGUCCACAAGGGCGUGGUCAACAUCCGGGACCUCCUCCCUUCCGACGGGCCCCGCAGCGUGAUGGAAUUCGGCAACAAGAUCUCCGUUCUGAGCGGCGACUUCUUACUAGCCAGCGCCUGCAUGGGGCUCGCCAAGCUGCGCAAUACCUACGUAGUGGAUCUCAUCUCACAAGCCAUCUCAGACCUAACGGAAGCCGCCUUCAUGGCCUUUUCGGAGGAAGGGGCGGAGCCAGGAGCCACUGGGCGGGGUCAGCUACCCUUACCAAACCUGGGCGUGGCCGACUGGACGCGGUACGUGUACCUGUCCUCGGGCAGUCUGAUUGCCAAGAGCUGUCGGGCGGCGCUGGAGUUGGCUGGACACGGGGAGGAGAUGCAGAAGUGUGCGUUUGAGUUUGGCAAGAAUAUCGCCCUUGCUCAACAGCUCCAUCAAGAACUACAAUUGUUCACAGCAUUCAAUGGCAGCCCGACUUCCUUUAGUCUGACAUCCGCCCCUGUCCUGUUACAUCUUGAAGGCAGCGGAAACCGAGACAGAGUCAGUAACCAGACCAAACUUGACAUGAAAAAGCUUCAUCGGGAAAUCCGUGCGGGAUCAGCGAUUGCAAAGUCUCAGGACCUCUGUCGGACUUACGCCGAGUCUGCCCGUCUCGCAAUCAGUGAAUUCCCCCAAUCGGAGGCACGGGACGCCCUGCUGAAAAUGGUCAAGGCCGUCUCAUGAUGAUAGGAGUUGAUUCGGGACCUUGAUGCCUUCUAGGACAUAUUUCUUAAACGCAUACAUGACCCUUCAUAUGGUAGCAGCCAUCUUGGUAUAGUUCCUGUGUUCAUCUCUUUAAGAAUACCACAUAGAAGUUUAAGACAUCAGCCUUAUUUUGACCCGAGACAAACUAACCUUUAUGGUUAUUAAGGAUGGAAUUUUGAAAAGAAGGGUGCUACAUGAAAAAUGCAAAUUCCACAAUUAUUUUAAUUUUAAGCUCCAUUCAGAUUUUUUUCGGCAACAGGAACUUAUACUUUUUUUAUUCCUUGUGGAAUAAAAUAUGUCUUUAGUCAAAGUAAAUGUACAAAAAACAAGAUUUUAAAGAACCAGUGUUUUCUAGAUUUUUAAUCCCUAAAAUUCACAUGUACUUCAUUGUGGUGAAUAUAGGAUGUGUGUUGUAUUUGAUUUCCCAAUUAAAGAGAUUAAUGACUUAUAUACCAAAAGAAACGGUCUAAUUGAAUAAUUUGAAUACAUGUAAUAAAUUUCUCACCAUAAAAUGUACAUGUAGUACUACGUACAUAUUAAAAUGAAACGGAUUUGAGUUUUAAAUAUUUACAUCAGAGAAUAAAAUUAAAUACACAA